AUGGCUGUAGAUAUGGUCCGAGGACCAUCCAUGUGUAUAAGCAGUCUUACAUCUCAAAGUAGGGGACUCCAUUUAUAUUCGAGUACCUACCUCAUUACGGCUAUCAGUCUUGUGUGUGGAGGUCAGAAUGCAUUGUCUAUCCUCAAAAGUAAUGCCAUAGAAGCCCGGCUCUCAAAGAUAGUGGGGCAAACCAUUCUCUACCCCGGUGGCAGAUAUUCAUCCUGGAAAGAUGUCAGCGGGGUAACGUCAAAGAUUAACUAUUACGCUAUCAACCAAGCUCUGAACAGAAAACACUCGCAUGUCGAGCCAACCGAUUGGUAG